AUGUUCUACCACAACCUUCUGGCGCCGCGGUAUGCGACCCUUCAAAACAUGGCGAGCCUCAGACACAGCAACGCAGCUUCCCUGAUGGCAGAGCUUCAUGCGCCGCAGAUAAUGUUUGUGGCUCUGUUCCACUUUGGCACAUGGUCUUUGCCAAAGUCCGCAGCAAACGAGCCUUUCUGCCAAUGCCACUCUACAAAAUGCAUGCAACCCACAUGCAUUCUAGUCCCUCUAGCCGAAUGCCACCCCAAGCAGCACAUGGCCUGCGAGCUCCAUCACUCGCCUGGGCGGUUGAAGCUGUGGGAGCAACGCACAAAACGCCGUGCAGCAAGGACGGCUCCAGAGCGCGUGCAGGGAGCUGCCGUUCAGCUGGAGCUGGCUGUUGCGCGCCGAGAGGCGGAGGCUGCAGAGCUGCGCGUCGAGGUGCAGAGAGCCAAAGCAGCUCUCGAUGACGUUCGCGUCCUGGAGGAUGAGGAAGCUGCCGCGCAAGAGGCCGCGCAGAUUACGCUUGCCAGAGACUUGCAGGAGUCUCUGCAUGGAGAGAAGGAGCUGUUGGAAAGAUUGGAUGCAGAAGAAGAGGAAGCUAAAACAAACGCAGCUUUGUGCGACCGAGCAGAUUCUCAGGAACAUGUUGCCGUUUCAGAGCUCCGUGAGCUGUGCCAGCGCCUGGAAACACUGCAGGAGAGCCUUGUGCGUGAAGAGGCGGUUGUGGCGGCGUUGAAGUCGGAGCUUGCAGCAGGUCAGGACCAUGCGAUGGGCUUGGCGCUGGAGGCGGCAGAAGCAAGCCGCAAGAAGCAGAAUUCGCAGCAAGUCCGAGAGCCGCUGAUUCGCUACUAUGCUGGCCGCGCGUAUCAGGACUGGGAGGAGAAACGUGCUGACGGUCUCCGAAGGAGGCUGGUGCUAAAGCGCUGCUUCCAAGGAUUUCAGGGCUGCUGUGCAGCCACUCAGGGGCUUUGUGAGCAAGCAGUGAAUGUUCAGCAGCAGAGAGCGUCACGGCUUACGAAGCGCAUCCUGGAUUGCUGGCAGUAUGCGAAGGAAGACCGGCAAGCGGAAGAGCGACUGUUGACGCAGAUGCUGCGUGCUUGGGCUGACUCCUGCGACUUCCGGGUGGGGCCGCGCCUUGUCAGCGGCAACAUGGGCGCCAUGGAGCGGCGCCUGUGCUCACUCCGGCGGCAGAGGCUGGCAGCUGGGGUCUUGCAUGCUUGGUUCAGGCUUGUCCCAACACAGCCACAAACGGGGUGUGUCUCACAGCUGGGCUGGCCAGAUAUGCGAUUUCUUGUGCGCUGCAAAGAUCGCGAGAGGUGCGUCGGUGCAUUCCGCGGCUGGAGCUUUCUCACUUGGGUGCGUGCUCGACAAGAUGCGCUCGCAAAGGGCUUCUGCAAGCAUCGCCGAGCGGUCACUGCUGCCAAUGCUUUGGCGCAACUCAGGGCUUCAGUGAUCCAACGGCACUGCUGGCAUCGCUGUGCGCCUCUGCUGUGGCGGCUUCUUGCCACGCGUCUUGCCAGUUGGCGCCGGUCUCCCCAGCCCUUCGUCUUCUGCGCAUGGCGGAGCUUGCUUCGGUUGCGAAAGCGCAGUCGGUCCAUGGCCGGGGAGAGGCUGUCUCGGUGGUGCGAACAACAAUCAAGGGACUGGAGGAGAGAAGUUUGGAAAUGCUGGAAUGCUGCGGUUGCCGCACAUGCAGCUCUUAUUGCUGCCAGCAAGCCCAAAGCCCGGCAGCGACUUUGCUUCCUCUGGUUGCUGAAGAGUACGCGACUCUCUGUUUCCAGGAGAUUUGUCGCUGACAUUCGCUCGCGUCAGCUGAAGCUGCACCUGCGGCACUGGCGCAGAAGCGCUGCCCAAGCCCGUCGACUCCGUUGGCAGAGCCGGCUGGCACGCCGUAAUCUCCUGCAAGUGAUCUUCCUGAGCUGGGGCUCGCAGAGACGCCGGCGCAAGGCUCCCCAUGCGGCUGCGACGGUCGGCCGCGCUCAUCGGCGAACGUCGCUGCAACGCACUAUCCAUUCCUGGUUGCUGGCAUAUGGUCGCAGGAAGUUGCAGGUGAUGCGCUGCAAUCGCCUGGUCAUCAACGCCCAGCACAAGCUUGACAACGGCAGCGCGCCACUGCGCUCACCAGAGGAGGCUCAGCUCAUUCCAGCAGGGCUGGUUGCAGCACGUGUGGCUGAGACAUCCCUUGCCCAAGAAGAAGAAGCCAUGUUAAUCGAGACGAUUUCCCUGCGCAAAGCAGUAGCGCUUGCGGCUCACGAAAUGCAUCUGGCCGGCCACGGGGUAGAGCAGGCCCAGAUGGAGCUGGAGGCACACACCAAGGCGUUGGAGGAGUCUGAGUGUGGAAAAGUGGAGCAACAGCUUUGCGAGGUCCUGCGACUGAAUGUGGAAUUGGCCCGAGGCUUCCGUGAGUCUGAAGCCUGCGUCACAGCUGCGGCGGCGCGGCUCCAUGCUCUGCACAGGUGCCGACAUGUGCCGACGGGGUUAUGA